GUGAGUUUUACUUCUCCUAGACCAGAAGCGGAGCGCUCCCGCCCGGACCCUUCAUUCACUUUCCCGGCUGGGCGCUCCAGGGCUCAUCCUCCGCUCUUUUAAACAGAGGCUUUCCGUGACACUUUCUAUGGGUGUCAAGACCGACUGAUGUUGCCCCGGGUGGGUUUUUGGUCGACCUUGUGAUUGGGAAAAGAAAAAGAAAAAUGGAGAGGUUUAAUAAGAUAGCUGUUCCAGCUGGACAGAAGUUGAGGCAACUUCAGAAGAUCGUCCAUGAUAUUACAAACAAUGAAGGUGGAAUAAUGAACAAGAUCAAAAAGUUAAAAAAUAAAGCACCACCCAGUGUGCCUCAAAGAGAUUAUGUUUCAGAAAAUCCUGUUGAUGAAGAGGAACAAUGGUCAGAUGACUUUGACAGUGAUUAUGAAAAUCCAGAUGAACCCUCUGAUUCAGAGACCUAUGUGGUACCUGGAGAAGAAACUACAGACGACAGCUAUGAACCUCCUCCUGCAGAAAAAGAGAAAAGGAAGCUCCCCCCUGCGCUUCCAUUUUCCAAGGGAGAAUAUGCAGAUAAUCGAUCAAACCAGAGACAUUCUCCACCUUUCAGCAAGACACUUCCAAAUAAAGCAAGUUGGCCUUCCCAGAAUGCAAGACACUCAUCUUUGCAGGUACCUCUUCCGCAGAAGCCUCAACUCCCACCAAAGCCAAAAAACUGCUCGGAAGAUGAGGCUGAUUAUGUGGUUCCUGUGGAAGAUGAAGAUGAAAAUUACAUCCAUCCGACAGAGAGCAACUCACCACCGUCUGAGCGAGCUCCCAAGGUGAACAGAUCCAUCAAACCUAGUUCUGCACCACCAACCUUUCUUCCACCCGUACCUGCUAAUUUAGCUUCAGGAGAAGAGUAUGAAGUUCCUGCGAAUGAGAAGCCAUCUUUUUCCCCAUACCAAAAACCAUCCAUCAAAACCUGUGACAGCAGCAAUGCCGCAUCCCGGGAAUCCAAGCCUCCUUCAUCAAUUCAAGCCCCAUCACCUCUCCCAAGGGCCUUAAAGAAAACAUCACCUCAAGUGAAGACAAACCCAGGUCUCCCUCUGCAGAACACCUCAAGUGGUCAUGAAGAAAAGCCUAUACCUGCUGAGCGUCACCGAGGCCGAGCACCUGGCCCACGGCUGGAACUCCCACACUCAUCAGCAUUUCCCCCAGUCAACAAGCCAAUCCAACAGAAACCUGUACCUCCACCAAAGCCUCCAGAGGUGUUAAGUCCCAGUAUGGAUAUUCCAUUGCCCAACUUUCCAGCCAAUUCCUGUUUGUCAGAUCAGGAAGCUGAAGUUCACUGUAGACCAUGGUAUGCUGGUUCCUGUGAUCGAAAAUCAGCAGAGGCUGCGUUAUACAAAUCCAACAAGGAUGGAUCAUUUCUUAUAAGGAAAAGCUCUGGUCACAACUCCAAGCAGCCUUAUACAUUAGUCGUAUUCUAUAACAAAAGGGUUUAUAACAUCCCUGUGCGGUAUAUUGAAUCAACAAAACAGUAUGCUUUGGGCAGUAAGAAAAAUGGUGAAGAGCACUUUAACAGCGUGGCUGAUAUAAUAAAGAAUCACCAACAUAUACCUCUGGUUCUCAUCGACAGUCAGAACAACACCAAAGAUUCCACUAGACUGAAAUAUGCUGUUAAAGUUUCAUAGGCGACAAGAGGAAUGAGAUUAUCACAGUUGCCUCAGAUGUCCCCAAUUUCCCACUUUUCUAGUGACAUGAGAAACAUUCCCAAGGCCACUCUUGGAUUGCAGCUCAUGCACCACAGACUGAGGCAGCUGGCAUAGAGGACACCACUCAAGGAGAUCUUGGAGAUUGUGUUGUCUGUUGUUUCUGAAGAUAAUGCUGUUAGUAUACAGUGAAGUUGAGAUGUUAUCACCAUCGCUGUAAUUGACUCCAAACUAGACUGCAAGAGGCAGUUAGAGAAUGAGAAUUUUCAAUCAUUCAAUUAGAAAUGCUCUUCUAAUGAGCCCUUUUCAUUAGGAGAAAACAAAGCUAUCUAGCAAACAAGGUAACUAAGGAACCGAGGCUGGGAAGAAAGAGCACUAAACUCACAUGGCUGAGACAUCCUGGGCAUCUUUUCUCAAACCCUAAUGAUCACUUCUUGAUUAAAUUUUUAAUGUAAAAGAAAAAAAAAAGAUCAAACUGUUGUAAGAUGAAGUAUCUAGACUAUGUAGCAGGCACGUAUUAUUGAAUGAUUGCUAUGACUUGUCAACAUUCAGUCCUUCCCACAGGGUGUGCGGGACCAUAGAGUGGAUGGACUCAGAAUCAUGGGAUCAGCUUUUUAGAAAUCAUUGUUCACUUCAGGAUUGAUUCUGGGUUGUUUCUACUCAUUAAAGAGAUAUCCAUUCUUCCUCAGGUAUGUGUCUAUCUAGAUGCAGAAGUAGGAGGAACAAAACACACAGUUGACAGUACACCUUCUACUAGGGAUAUGAUUAGUCCCCCCCCAAAAAAGGGGGUGUGGAGGGGUUAUGAUGAUCAAAGUUAGAUAGGAAUGUGACUGUUCAGAAGCUGGAAACUCACUACUGAAGACAAUAGUAUCUUUUUUUUAUUUUUUUUAGUGAGGCAAUUGGGGUUAAGUGACUUGCCCGGGGUCACACAGCUAGUAAAUGUUAAGUGUCUGAGGCUGGAUUUGAACUCAGGUACUCCUGACUCCAGGGCCGGUGCUUUAACCACUGCGCCACCUAGCUGCCCCGACAAUAGUAUCUUUUAAUAAGAUGUUUACUUUUUAUACAUUUCCCUGCCAGUUGACCUUGCUCUGAAUAUGAACACGUUUCUGAAUUUUUGAGCAUCCUUAUUGUAAUGCACCUGGGAAGCUCACCAUGUAAAGAAAUCCUAUGCUUAAAGCUUGUUAAGCAAAGUCCUUUUCUAAUGUGAAUCAUAAACCCUCUCCAUCCCAGUCAGCCCCCUCCCCCACCCCAAGUCAUUUCAGUAUUCUAAGAAUGGUUGUUACUAUACAGUGCAAUCUCAUGAAUUCUAAUUCUAUUACGACCUGAUCUAGAGCACUGAAGUUUAUCUUUUCACUAUCAAUAACGAAAGGAUUUUACUAAUAAAGCCUAAGAACAGCAACAAAAUUGAUGGGCCUUUGGUUUCUAACUGCUAGACUUGCAGUCACAAAGACCUAGAUUCAAAUCAUGCCUUAGUCAUUAGCAAUAAAUAUGACCCUCAGCAAACUACUUAACCUCUCUGGGCCUCACUUUCCUAAAAUGAGUUUGGAGUUGAUGACCUUUAAGGUCCCUUCCAGGUCUGACUUCUAGAGCAUGAACUUUCAACCUACUGAAAGAUCUGGCUCUGCUCUUCUCUCCUGUAUGCUAAACUACCCCUUUCCCUUUCCUCAUAUCACAUGUCCAAGAGCAGUGGUGUCAAACUCAAAUAGAAAUGGGGGCCAUCAAUCUAUACAUAAGGAUCUCUGCAGCCUGCAGAUUGAAGCAAUUUUUUAAAAGUGAUGAUAUGUUUUAUUGUAGUUUUGUCCAGUUAAUUAUUUCCCAAUUAUAUUUUAAUCUAUUUCUGAGGCACUCAUGGCGUCCCGUGUUUGAAACUUCUGUCCAAUCACUCCAAUGAAGAAGCAGAUAGAAGCCUGAGAAAAGCUUGGGGUUCUCUCUCCCUGUGUCAAAUAGAAUUAUGCAAGUUGGGGUCUGGGAUCUUGUUGGGCUACUAAAUAGGAAAACGGGAAUCAAACUGGUUCCAGCAACAAAUGAGAAGCAGAGAAGUCUGUGCCCCGAAUCUUCUACUUUUGAGUAUUGCAUGUCUCAGAUCUACACCUAUGUUAUAGGCAAGAGGCAAAGGCCUUUCGCUUUAACUUCAAUUAGCUGCAAUAGAACUUUGUUUCUGAUUUUAGAAAUUGGGGGUGGGGAGGGGUUUGGCAGGAGGAAGGCCACAAUGCAUGUGGGAAAGUAGUGCCUAGCUGCUGGCUGCCAAAUAUCUGAAGAUUAGUGUAAAGGUUUCUGGGGUUCAUUUAAGUUUGGAGAUUCCCCUACACUACACAAAGACAGGAGAUUAGGUUUUCAAAAAAUUGUUGUGCCUGUGGUUUCUGUGUACAGAUGUUCCAAUGGAAAGAGAUAUGUUGGAGUGGGGAGGGGAAAGAAUUAAAUGAAUAUGAUGUCAUGUGAAAUAAAGAAAUUCCUCUGGAAUGUUA